GGAAGUGUGGAUGGCAUCCGUAUGCUGCGAGAAUACAGUCCUGCGACAAGGCAAAAGUAUGUCACCGGUUGCUAUUAGCCAAUUCAACCAUUCCAGACGAGCCCGUAGUCCAUCGAGUGGGAGGAAUGAAUCAAUUACAUCUUCAGCUACAACCGCGGCAGCAACGGAACCGGAGAGAAUGGUUUGGCGUGGGAGGGCACAGGACACAGUAGUCUCUUCUGGAACCAACCCAAACACUCUCACGCGAAAGCCCAAGACGAUCAACAGGGACAACAGGGACAGCAACAACAACAGUCGCGUCCAGAAGGACAAUGCUAACACCAAUGAUGGUGACAGCAUUAGCAGGAUCAAAAACAACAACAACACGAUUUGCGGGAACCGUAGACGGCAGUGCUGCCCUGGGUCCACUGCCUGGAUCGUGGCGUGGAUUGUUCUAGUUCUCUGCCGGCAGCUGAUGACCGAGACGGGCCUCCUCCGAACUGCUCUGGCAUCGUAUGGUGCUCCUUGCCACUAUUUUGACCGCGGCGGUUGGACUGAGCAGGGUGACGAAUGCGGAUACGGACGUGGGAACGGAAGAAACCGACCCAGCAGAAGCGCCCAUGGAUCGAGUGUAGAUGCUUCUAGCAAUCAAACUCUGGGGAGUGACAAUGACAAAAAUAGCAGCAGCAUCAACAUUACCGUCCCCAGCCUUCCGUCGGCUUUGGACCUGCUGAACCCACCGUUCAAGAAAAACUACACAAUUCGGGUCCUGGGCGGGGACAGCAUCGGGGAUAUUUACAACAGCAAUUGCAAUGGCAGCGAUACUGCUGUGACUACAACCAGCAGGAAAAACAAAAACAGCAACAACAGAAAUAUCAUCGUGACGGCCUACUACAAGAUCCCUUCCAAGCAUACCCCGGAGCGCUACAGGGACUGGAUGAAGAAUUUCCUAGGUCGAUUCCGAGACCCGGUGGUGGCAUUUACGUCGCCCGACAUGGUCGAUUCCCUGGCGGCACUGCGAUGUCCAUUGUCGAACUCGUCGUCAAGUAAUUCGACUUCGGAUAAGGAUCUGAACCGUUCGUUGUCGCAAUCACCGGCCUGCUUUCCCACGGUUCUGGUGGCCCUGCCCCUGGAGGAGCUGCCCCUCGCCGAGCUUUAUCCAAAAUCUUUUUGGGUCGAUCAGCUCGACCGGGAUCCCGAGGGGAAGAUCCACGCUCCCCUUCGGGGGGAUCCACGGGUCGGGGGGAGAUUCGAGAGCGGGGAACUCUACUGGAUCUGGCUUUCCAAGGCCUGGUUCGUGCACGAAGCCGUGGGGCUGUUAAUGCAGGAACAACACCAGGGAGCGAACGAAGAAAAGAAAUCGGUGGAGGAAGAAGUGGCAGCAACGACAAGGUUAACAUCAACAGCAACGGCAGCCGAAGGUGAGAAAGAGCAUUGUCCCGAACGCGACAAACGCGGUGACGUCUUUGCGUGGAUCGACAUUGGCUCCUUUCGGCAAUCGGAGAACGAAACUGAAACCACUCCAACCACAAUUACCUCAAAAGCGAGACAUAAGGUCUUAAUUCGCCAUCCCGAGGUGGUCCCGGACGACGAGGUCCUCUUUUGGUCCCAUUCCCCGGCGCACAAAAUCUCAAGCGGAAACGAUAAGAACAAACAAAAGAAACACGACUACUCUCCUGUUCCCCCCAAUCUCAGCCCGUAUUCCGACGACAAGCUCUCUUCGAACGGCAGAAAACAUUUUUUUCACGCAGGGGCCCACUUUGCGGGCCGGCCAGAAUCCAUCGAGAAGCUGUACUUCCGUUUCCUCGAGACGGUCGACGUCUUUGUCCAUAGAAACAUGUUGCUGGCCGACGACCAGGCAGUAAUGCAAUCGGCCUGCCUGGGUUACUUUGAUGGGCAGGGGUAUAACCGUCCUUCCGGAGGAUCUGUAAAUACCAGCGGCAACAACAACGGCAACCUAUGUGCCUAUGCUACCCGUGACAUGGUCGAUGGAAGGGGGGGGAGCAAGUGGUUCGGGUUGGCAGGGCUCCUUCAAUAUGGUCCGGCAAAGAAAGCCUACCGCUCCGACCGCAGCAAGCUGCUGGGUGCCUACUGGAGGCCACCAUCCCGCGAGCACUAUUCAGAGUAUUCGGCAUAAGGUAGCCAACGACGCAAAGCUAUAACAUUUAUCCAAAACAUACUAUCCGGAGUAACCACCGCUUCUCAACAAACAACAAAUCCACCGCAAUCAUUGAUAACCAAAUCUAUGAGGCACAAACAUACUAUUAUUUCUUUAUUGAUAGUGGUCAAUCAGAUCGGAUCAUAUCUCAUCAUUUCGUUUCAGUUUUCUUCGUUAGACAGAAACCUCGUCGCUGCUGCUCAUCGAUCGGCUGCGGCCGCUGUUUUUCCGUUGUUGCCUGGCCUUCUUCUUGGCCUCUCGGAACCCGGCCGCUUCGAUCUCGAUGUGGAUCUGAUUCUGGCUCGGGUAGAACAUGUUCGAGAACACCUUUCCUGAAAUAUCGACCGCCAUGGCAAAGAUUGGAAUGAUCAGCAUCAGCACAUAGUUCAUCGAGCUCAUCUCGAAGACGUGCGGGAAGACCCCCACCAUCAUGAACCACGAACCGGAGGUUACCCCGAUGAAGACCCCGAUCGCCUGCAGAAACAACAGCAGACAAAACGAUUCGAAAAUAUUCAAUCAAAUCCAAUGAAAGAA